CGCCUUCCGAGUGCUGGGAUUAAAGCUGUACACCUGGGACCACUUUUUAAAAAGUGACCCCAUUGCAAAAAGGUCUCAAAUUUUUGCACAGCCACAAUGAAACUGGAAGUAGGUUUGCCCCUAUCAAAGAUGGCGGAAAGCUUGCUUAUCUCCAAGGAAAACACCACGUCGUGACGCCAAAACGGUGCGGGAAUGACUUUGCUCAUGCGCACAAGCUUACGCCAACACCGGAAGGGAUGGCUGUUUGACCAAAGUGGGUGGCUUAGUACGCGUGCGCAAUAGUCUCUUCCGGCAGCUGUUUACACAAAUGGUGGAGAAGAAACCCUCUGUUCGCUCCCAGGAUCCUGGACAGCGUCGGGUGCUGGACCGGGCUGCUCGGCAACGUCGGAUCAACCGACAGCUUGAGGCCUUAGAAAAUGACAAUUUCCAGGAUGACCCCCAUGCAGGCCUCCCUCAGCUAGGCAAGCGGCUGCCUCAGUUUGAUGAUGACGCAGAAACAGGAAAGAAAAAGAAGAAAACUCGAGGUGACCAUUUCAAACUUCGCUUUCGAAAAAACUUCCAGGCCUUGCUGGAGGAGCAGAACCUGAGUGUGUCCGAGGGUCCCAACUACCUGACAGCCUGUGCGGGCCCCCCAUCCCGGCCCCAGCGCCCCUUCUGUGCUGUGUGUGGCUUCCCGUCACCAUAUACCUGUGUGAGCUGUGGGGCCCGGUACUGCACCGUGCGCUGCCUGAGCACCCAUCAGGAGACCAGGUGUCUGAAGUGGACAGUAUGAAUCUAGUAUCGCAGAGAAGAAGUAUUUCCACCCCCUACUCCCCUGGACAGUGUGAUCUAACAUCCCAGAGAGGAAGCAUGUCCACGUCGUAGUCCAAUGCCCAGUUCAUUGGCAAGGACAGAGAAGAGCUGCCUACUGACCCAGCAGAGCCAUGUCCUGCACACGAGGGAGGGCCACACACACCACUGAGACUUUUUCCUGUGGAUCCAGCCCACAGAGCACUGAGAUAAUAAAAGGCCUGGCUGGAACAAAGA